UCGUGUUCGCCACGAGUUAAAAACAUCAUGGCUGCCGUGUGAUGAAAUUUUGGUAACCAUGGAUUGUUUUUUCUGAAAAUCUCUUUAUAUAUAGAACAUGUUCGGGCUUUUUGAUGGAGAAUUUUCAGGAUGUCGUCUGAUGCGCAAGUUCUAGCGGUGAGGGUGUCCUUUCUGUGCUAAGAAAAGUUUCUACGUCCCUUUGAGGAAGUGUUUGUGUUGAUGGGAGUGUAGGGGGAGGGGCAUACUUUCACGCCAGCUGAAACUGGAACUUGAAAGUGAAAGUAGUUUCUACGGACUGCAGUUGAACUUGGGGACGGACGGACAGUCGCUGAAACUUCUUCCCGUGCGUGCUGAUCUCAGCGUGUUGAAAAAGCAGCACAGGAACUUACAUACCUGUGAAACUACACCAUUCUACUAGAGGUUAUUUUUGCUCGUCCGAAGGCUGAACAAGUCUGUCUGUCAGGGUCAGGCUCAUGGCGAGUAGAGAGGAUGGCGGGAAAAUCCGGUACGACGAAAUCCACUCCCUGUUGGACUUUUUCUCCAAGAACACCUUCAAGACCAAGGAUACACAGGGGAAUUCGCGGCUAAAAGUCAUCCACAGGAAGUGUCUUGAUCUGUUUGCAAAGGACUACAAGUAUGCUACCAUAGAUAACAGUGGUGGGGAGCUGUGUGGACACUAUCCAGCCAAGCUGGUCUUGCUGGAGUAUGAAGUGGAUGAUGCCACCAGGAAUACCAAAGUGGGUUCCUUGUACGACCUUGGCACGAUGCAUGACCUGUUCACCAAGGCCAGGCUGGCGCGGUGCAGGUCCAGGUUUGUGGUACCAGUCAUGCUGUAUGAAGGCAAGCAUAUCUGCAGGUCAGCGACCCUUGCCAGCGGUGCAGAGGUGUACGGCAGGUCGGGUCUGGACUUUCUCUUCUCAGGAGGAGAGAGCAUCCCCACAGAAGACGGAAUGGUGAGCUAUGGAGUGUCUCGGGACCAGUCAGUUUACGUACCCAACGGGAACAGGAACAGAGCUGUUAUGCAGAGGUCAUUUUUCUCUGGUUUGCCACUAUUGUGGAAUGCCUUCUUCCCACCACCAAUGUCUGCUGUAAGUGAAUGGCAGUUGGUGGACAGUAUCCGUAUGCAGGACAUCCGGCUACUGAAGGCCCUGAACAUCGGAACCAUCGUGGACCUGAUGGUGGAGAACAAGAAGGUCAAGUUCGGCAUGCAGGUUACAUCUUCAGAAAAAGUGGACAAGGAACACAGAUAUGCAGACUUCACCUUGAUAUCCGUGCCCUAUCCAGGCUGUGAGUUCUUCAAGGACUACAGAGACAAUGACUACGUUGCAGAGGGGCUUGUGUUUGAGUGGAAUCAGGGUUAUGUAGAUGCAGACCUGCAGGUUCCCCAGUCCCUUAUAGAGAAGUCACGGUGCCUGGGAAUCGACUGGGACAGAUACAGGUCUUGGGACCUGAUCAAACUGACCCAGAACUACCUUAGGUUAAUGCUCUACUGUCUGCAUCAUGGUGACAGUGGCCUGUUGGUACAUUGUAUCUCAGGCUGGGACAGAACACCACUCCACAUAUCGCUACUCAGGAUGUCCCUUUGGGCUGAUGGCAAGAUGCACAAGUCGCUGAGUGCCCUGGAGAUGCUGUACCUGACCAUAGCGUACGACUGGCAGCUGUUUGGGCACAAUCUGCAGGACAGGUUGGGCAAGGGGGAAGAGAUCUUUUUCUUCUGUUUCAACUUUUUGAAACACAUAACUGGGGAUGAAUUCUCCAUAGACAGGGUGAAAGGAGAACCAAACAGACCGACAAGGUCGGACUCAGAGCCCCAGUUUGAUGACACAGUCCUGAUAGGUAUUGAGGAUGGCUCCAGCCCUGCCAGGAGACACAGGGACAGUUCUGGGUCCAUGAGCUCCAUCAGUAGCAUGAGCAGCUGUGUGCUGGAUGGUACCACUGUUCCCUUCACUGUGGGGGACGACAGCCCUUUUUCAGGGGAGAGACAUACCAAUGGUAAUGUUCCCAUCAUGAUGGCCCAACGUGCAGUACUGGGCUCUGCUGCUUCCUCAGCCUGUAGCAGCCCCAUGGCUGUUCCAUCCAAAAAACCCACCCCCGUGGAGGCAGCAAGCAAAUCAGGCUCAUCUGUUGGCAGCUGGCAGAUUGUAACAGAGUCAGGCAGUAUCCGUGGUUUCACCACGUCACGUGACUCCCCUGUCCUGGUGGGGUCAGAGAGCUCAGGCAGCAGCGGACCGGGCAGUUCCCCUCCUGAGCACAAGGAGGCAUCCAUGAGAAAGAUGCGUCUGGAAGAGGUGCGGUGCAUCUUCCUGGCCCACUACAGCGCGGUGGUCGGGAUGAGGAACGGGCCAGAGUACGGCGGGGGCUUGUCAGGAUUCAUGGGGCAACUAGCUAGCAAAGUAGGGUUCAGGCCAAGGUCCAAUAUUGUAUAGGUUUUACCCACCCCUGGACCAGCACGUCGGCAGAACGUACUGCGCCUGCGCAAAACCUGGAUGUUUCACGGUUUUU